ACUUCUUGGAGAUUGUCCACCAUAGUCGGACCUAAGUAUCUGUACCUGUGCCUCAAUAUGAAGAAAACUGACUGAGAUUCAUCCGUUCACCCACCCAUCCACCCGCCUCUCCUCUGCUCACCUAUCCACCUACCUAUCAACAGACCCCUCUAUCCAUAUGUGUAUCCAUUCACCUAUCAACUCACCUACUUAUCCACCCACCCCUGAUCCACCCACCCCCUGAUCCACCCACCUACCCACUCACUAAUUCACUCACUCACUAAUCCAACCACCUACUCACUGAACCACCCACCCACCCACCACUGAUCCACCCACCCACCACUGAUCCACCCACCCACCACUGAUCCACCCACCCACCACUGAUCCACCUAUCCACUCAUAUCCCCACUUGCCCAGGCAUCCAUUCGCCCAUCAUUACAGAUGCUGGGAUGAUGGAGCUGAUGGCCUCUGAGAUCCAUGCCAUCUCUGUGGGGAACGCGAGGGCCAGGCUACAGGAAGAAGUUGACCCUUAGAUACUGGUUUGAGGGAUGAGCAGGUCUUUGUCAGAAGAGCCUGGGGGGCCAUGUCCCUCAUCCCGUGGCUCCGGUGGAACGACACCCCUCCCCGGCUCUCGGCCCGGAGCCCGGCCGAGAUGGUGCUGGAGACACUCAUGAUGGAGCUGGCUGGGCAGAUGAGAGAGGUGGAGCGGCAACAGAGGGAGCGUCGCAGCGCAGUCAGGAAGAUCUGCACUGGUGUGGACUACAGCUGGCUGGCAAACACGCCCAGGCCCACCUAUGAUAUCAGCCCUGGUUCCGGCAGCUGCUGGCCGAACGAGAGCCCGAGGUGCAGGAGGUGGCGCGGCUGUUCCGCUCCGUGUUGCAGGAGGCCCUGGAGAAGAUGAAGCAGGAGGAGGAGGCCCAUAAGCUGACACGUCAGUGGAGCUUGAGGCCCCGUGGCAGCCUGUCGUCCUUCAAGACCCGCGCUCGCAUCGCACCCUUUGCCAGUGACAUCCGAACCAUCUCGGAGGACGUGGAGCGCGAUGCGCCACCCCCGCCGCGCACCUGGAGCAUGCCGGAGUUCAGGGCGCCCCAGGCCGACUGACCACCCAGGGCAAUCACCCUCAGGAGGAAUGACGGGCUGGUAACUCUGUCACUAGCGCCGGAACCUCCCCACCUACCCCAACCAGGAGACCCAUCAAGCAACACUGCUAGACCACGGAGCCAACUACCCAGUGAGCACACCUGCUUGGAUACCUGGGCAGAGUCAGGACUUGAGCCCUGUUUCUCCGCAAAAAGGUCUCCACUUCCCAGCCUGAUACAGACACAAGGCCCACAUACUCAUCCCAACUUCCGGGAUGCCCCAUUCACCCUAUCCAUUCAUGGCACCUUUACUGGUGACCAGAUAACAUUCACUGCAGGGGACCCACAGCCUCAGGCCCAGGGCAGCUGGUGGGGUCCACAGAUGACCGUUCAACCCACUCUUCAGCUAGUGAGUGAAAAAAAGGAAGUCUUCCAAGAGUCUCUGCUUUUGCCUUAACUCAGAUCCCUCUGAUGUGGCAUUGUUCUUGCCUCUGAGUCCUUGAAUGCUGGGGCUAUGAUGGGGUAGGACCAAUGUCUACAUCUCCAUCCACUGGGGCCGAGGCUGCUGUCUGAGAAAGGUAGCUAGGGGUAGGCAGGAUGAUCAUGACUCCCAUCCUGCGAUGUCAUCAUAUGGAACAUGGCCAGUCCAGAGUCAGGGCUUGGAGGCCUGCAAACCUGCUGCUGAAGUCUAGGGCUCCUUCUGUUCACACCUGCUCUCCAGCUUCCCUAGGAAGUACCUGAGCAAAGCAGUCCAGAGUAGUCUCCGGCAGCCUCAUGCUCUGAUGGUCUAUGAGUGGAUGUCCCCCACCUCAAUCUGGGGUAGAAGUAAGGUUCAGGGCGAGCAAAGAGUGUCCCCAGCAUCCAGUGCAUGUGAACCUUAUAGUCCAAAUAAAAUGCAAUGGGAGAAAAA